ACGGCAUUUGCAGGCCAAGUAAACACACAGAUAUUUCGAAAGGCAUCUGAUCACCUUCUGCUUUCUGUCCUUGCCAAAAUCUUGAAAUUGACCUUGAACUAAUUGAAGUUGCAUGGCAAAAGCAGAGCACCACCAGCCUCAUAAAGCUGACAGUGAUAAAGUUCGCGCUCGUGUUGCUCCACAUUGUCCACCAUCUUUUCUUUGUGCGGGCCUUGGAGAUGGCAGCUGCACCAGCUGACAUUGGGCGGGGAACGCUGUACGUCUUUGUAGAAGCUGGGAGAGGGGAAGAGCCAUUGUGUUUCUCCAAUCUGUGCUCGCCGCAGGGUACAAUCUCCUCCUUGCGUGAAGCCAUAGAGAGGCAGAGUCGCGACGCCGGUGUGCUCAAAAGCAAGGAGUGCAUUCGGCAUCUGAAGCUGGUCUUCCAGAACCACCCCGAGGUGUUGCUGUCCAAUGACGAUCCGCUGGACAUCGUCUUCACGAUCCUCAACGAACACUCUGGAAAGGACUGGCGGCAAACCUUUGCGUCUGGGGUGUGGCCCAGAAUCACCGCAGUGGUCAAGAAGAAGAAGAAACGAACCCAGGCGGCAAAUGUGUCGGGAGCGGAGCACGCAGAAGAGGGUGUGGCAACGCCAGCCAGGGAGGAGGGCGAGACGUCAAGAAAGAGACGCGCAGAAGGGUCUGCAGACCAGGAAGGUGAUCCUCAGAAGACACAGAAGCGUGGGGCUGGCGACACUGCCAGGAGCCGGCGUCCUUCAGUUCCGAGCGCGGCUGCAGAUCAGGCCGGUCCCAGUGGUUCUGCUCCAGGCACCUCCUUGGAUGAGAUGCCCACUGCGCGGCUGGGCAGCAAUCCCAGCAGUGAGGAACGGGGAGCCGCCACGGUUCAGCAAAUCAAGAGCGAGCGCGGGUCGAAGGAAAGAGGGGCGACCUCUGGGAAGGAAGCAGAGAGUGAAGGGGUCAGCCAGAGGGGGAGGGAGGCGAGGAGUGCGCGCAAAGAGACGACGACAGGGAAGGUGCAAAAGCAUGGGGGCUCAGAAGCGAGCGAGGCCACGAUGAGGAGAGGCGACCAGAUAGGUGGCGUAGAUCGGAGGCCAGGGCAGGUAAUGGGAGAUGAAGGGAGAACUGCCUUUGGCAGAGACGAGCAAAGGAGGGGUGCGGACGAAAUCGUUGAACGUGGCCGGGGAUCGCGAAGCGGCACUGGACGGGAGAGGGAGCAGAUUGGAGGUGCUGAGACACGUGGUCAGAAGGAAGUGCAGAGAAUGAAGGCAGAAGAAAGUGCGUUGAUUGGCCGCAGGGGAUUGCCGGCAAAGGGUGCGGUUGGAAAGGAGCCGGCCUUCCGGAAGGAGGGGCCGGCUACAGGAGGGGCCAGGCAACCGGGGCCUCCUGGUGAUAACAUAGAGGGGGCGCCGACCGUGCGUAAGAGCAAGCGGCGAGCCCUGACAAACUACCAAAUGAGUGACUCGGAGGACGAAGCUGGUCCGAGUCUGGCAGAGCGCGCCUCUGGCGUGAGAGUCAAUGCUGUGCUAGGGAAGGCGGGAGGGCCUCGAGCGGUCGGCAGGAGCAGCGGAUGCAGCUUGGAGGGUGUGAGUGGGGGUUCCAACGGGCGCGCUGCCUCAGGGGAGCUGUCAAGAGGAAACCGGAGUAAAAGGAACCCUCUCAGUGGUAAGGGGGAACGGGUUGGGGCGACAGUGGAGGCUGGCAGCAAGGAGUCGGCAGGGGGGUCGUGUACGGCGCGCGGCUCUAAGAAGCCUGCCGAUGCAAGGCAAGCGAAGCGCUGCAACGCCUGUGAGGAUGCGGACAACCCGGAGCUUAUGCUGGUCUGUGCCAGAGACGGCUGUCGGACGGCGCAGCACAUUUACUGUCAUAGCGAGGAUCUAGAGGAGGUGCCGAAGGGGGACUGGUUCUGCUCCGUGGGCUGCGAAACGAAGGCGGGAGAGAGAAGGGGCGGACCGUGGGAGGUCGUUGGGCGACCGGUAUGCAGCGUGCCAGGCUGUUUGAAAAAUGCGUACUAUGGGUACAGAGAAGCUGGGCUCAUUGUGAGGGAACGAUGCGGGGAACACAAACGGUUGGGCAUGCAGCAGGCAGGGGGGAACGUGUGCGAAAUCCUGGGGUGCCAUACACAAGCACAUUUCGCAAAUCGAGAAGCUGUCCGGAGAUGGCGCUGCGCAAAGCAUCGGGAGGUAGGCAUGGAGGCCACGUUCACAUGUGACGUUUCUGGGUGUCCUAUCACGCCAACCUGGCGGUCCAUAGAGUCAAAAGGGCGGCGUUGCACAGCACACAAGCUGCCUGGGAUGACGCCAAACGACUGCUGCAAGACCAACGGUUGCAGCCGACGAGCUACCUUCUACUACUCAGGGGAGGCGCGGUCCGCUUGCCAACACCAUGCUCGACCAGGGAUGAUGUCCAAGAAUACAAAGCGAGUCUUGUUGCCUCGAGAUUGCUUGUGAGGUGGUUUUAGCAACAUACAUGAGGAAUUCCGUACUCGAUUAGAACUGAACGAGAGAAUCUUAGGCUAGCAGCUACACCGGGUGAGAUAACAGCUUCCUUGGCCACGGUUCAAUCGUUGAUUGGACAUUUGAUUCCGAAUGUGGAUUGAUUGUCAAGCUAGGCAGCUCUAAAACUAUGUCAUGCAUCAAGAGUGC